AGUUGUCUUCAGAGCCCGGCGAGCGGCUGAGCCUGGAAGCUCCUGCUACUUAGCGCACAGCGAACAAGACAAGAGAGAGAGAAAAAGAAAGCAAGGGAGAGCGAUGCAUUGAGUGCUGGCGGCCCGGGAGGACUGGGAGACUUUGAAGGCAUCCUGUACAUCUGUUGCUUGUUAGCCCUUGGCACCGAGAGGGCCCACCUCUAGGGCCGUUGUGCUCAGUUGGUCCAACAUGUUUGCCCGCUACCUGGUGUUGACCUUGCUCUACUUUGAAGCCUUCACGCAGCCCGAGGAAGAGAAUAUUGGCUGCGACGACUAUCUAGGCUCCGAGAAGGUGGUGGACAAAUGUGGAAUAUGCGGAGGGGACAACACGGCUUGCAAAGUAGUCUCAGGGGUCUUCAAGCACACCUUGACCAACCUCGGCUACCACAAGAUAGUCGAAAUACCAGAAGGGGCCACCAAGAUCAACAUUACGGAGAUGUCGAAGAGCAACAACUACUUAGCACUGCGGAGUCGAUCAGGAAGAUCCAUAAUCAAUGGGAACUGGGCAAUUGAUCGUCCUGGAAGAUACGAAGGAGGGGGAACGAUGUUCACCUACAAGCGUCCCAAUGAAAUUUCAAGUACUGCUGGGGAGUCCUUUUUAGCAGAUGGUCCAACAAAUGAAAUCUUGGAUGUCUAUAUGAUCCAUCAACAGCCCAACCCAGGCAUACAUUAUGAGUACAUCAUUCCAGGUCCCAAUGUUAUUAGCCCUCAGGUCCCUCUUCUUAGACGGCCAGGGGAACCCUUCAAUGGCCAGUUGGACGUGUCGGAGAGCGUGAAUUACGAGGAGGAGACUUUGCAUCAGGAGACCGGCACUCACGCCGGACAACCUGUGGGGAGCUUCCCAGUGAUUCAGCCCGGAAGAUUUCCUUCUCACCUGCCGGACAACCAAGUGCCUGCCGGUCAGCCGCCACGACACAGCCGAGAGCACAACUGGAAGCUGCUCGGGAUGACCGAAUGCACCACGACGUGUGGGAAAGGCUCACAGUAUCCUAUCUUCCGCUGUGUAAACAGAAACACGCAUGAGGAAGUCUCUGAGAGUUACUGUGACAGCAAUACCAAACCCACUCCAGAAGAGGAACCCUGUAAUAUCUUCCCUUGCCCAGCUUUCUGGGAUAUAGGGGAAUGGUCAGAAUGCAGUAAGACCUGUGGUCUCGGGAUGCAGCAUCGUCAAGUCCUGUGCCGGCAGAUCUACGCCAACCGCACCUUGACCAUCCAGCCCUACCGUUGCCAUCACCUGGAGAAACCCGAGACAACAAGUACGUGCCAGCUGAAGAUCUGCAGCGAAUGGCAAAUUCGGACAGAAUGGACAUCGUGCUCCGUGCCGUGUGGAGUGGGUCAAAGAACCCGAGACGUCAAAUGCGUCAGCAACCUGGGAGAUGUUGUUGACGAUGAGGAAUGUAACAUGAAGCUACGCCCCAAUGACAUUGAGAACUGUGACCUGGGGCCCUGUGCCAAGAGCUGGUUUCUUACAGAAUGGAGCGACCGGUGUUCAGCGGAGUGCGGCUCUGGUGUCCGGACACGUUCCGUCGUCUGCAUGACCAACCACAUCAGCAGUUUGCCGCUGGAGGGUUGCGGCCACAACAGACCGCCGGAAACGACGCCUUGUAACAACGGGCCAUGUUUGGGCAAAGUGGAAUGGUUUGCGGGAAGCUGGAGCCAGUGUUCCAUGGAAUGUGGGAGCGGAACCCAACAGAGGGAAGUCCUUUGUAUCAGAAAGACCGAAAAUAGUUUUGAUCUGUUGAGUCCGUAUGACUGCGCCUUCUUGGAAAGACCUCCCAGCCAACAGACCUGCUACCUCAAGCCAUGUGGUGCCAAAUGGUUUAGUACUGAAUGGAGCACGUGCUCAAAAUCCUGCGAGGGGGGCUUCCGCCUCCGAGAGGUGCGCUGUCUUUCCGAUGACAUGACCCCCAGCGCCACCUGCGACCAGCAGCUAAAGCCGGAAGAAAAAGAGACGUGCAACACUCAAGACUGUGUGCCCGAAACAGAUGAAAACUGCCAAGAUAGAUAUUACAACUGCAACGUUGUGGUUCAAGCCCGGCUCUGUGUUUACACUUAUUACAAGACAGUGUGCUGUGUAUCUUGUUUGAGAGUGGCCAGCCGGCAGUCGGGCUUUCUGGGACGCAGAUAACAGCCGCUCCGUCGUUUGUAUCCCGCCUUUUUCUUUGGACCUUGGGAGCUUCUGGGGCUGCAACGAAUUCUACCUUCUCAAAGAAAGAUUCCUUCUGUCGGUGAGCACCCCCAAGGGUGAGAGGAAUGCACACCACUUUGAUUUCACCAACACAUGCCCAGCAGUAUCCUGCUGCAUUGUUCCGCCUGCAUAAUGGGAAUGAAGUCAGAGGCAAAUUGCUGCUGAUUGAAGUCUUCCUUUUAUUGCAGUCCUAGGGGAUGCACCAUUGUGCGCCAUGAGACAAAGUUGGGGGCAUCCCAAAAUACAAAUGCGAAGUCUUCAUUCAGUGGCAGCUGCUGCUGACAACAAGGACGUACUUGUUGUGCAGGCGGAACGACACUACAGGAUCCUGGCUGCUAUAUUAUGAAAGCUCUCUGUUUGGGAAAUUGACACAGUAAAGCAGGGGUCUUUGAAAGAGCAUUAGGAACAACCUAGUGGCAGUAUUUCUUGGAAGAUGAAUGAAUUGUUCCGUUUGGGGAUUAUGAUGGUCAUCCUUAUGUGGACAUAAUGUAAGAUCCUGAUUGGGACAACUCAGAAUUACAAAACAGCGAGCAAGCAUUUUUCGCCACGUUAUUCUGUACUUAAUCUUUUAAAGACAACAGGAAUUGUUCAAGGUUUCUGUGGUUUGCUCAACAUGCCUUCGGGGCAGUCUGUGCAAAACUUGGUAUCCUUUCCUUUCGUAAAGCAAAGCGUCUGCACACAGCAAGCUCCAAAUGUCUGGCUGUGUGUUGAAAAAGAUGCAAGCAACCCAUUUAAGGCUUUUAGAAAAGCCACGCAGCAAUCCAGCUCUCAUUGAAUUGCACAAUUUUGCACAUUUUUUACCAUUUGCCUAAGUCACACUUUGUGCACAUGCCAUUGUUUUCACCGGCGUGACAACUCUCAUGAGCAGUACCGGAAAAAUCUCUCUCUCACUCGCUCUCUCUCUCAUAGGCACGCAGAAAAAUGUUGCGAUUCCCCCAACUUUACAUGCAGAUGUGAGACGAGAAUGGAUUUACAUCCCAAAGCGACGACACUAAGGUUGAGAUUUUGAUUAGGGCUGGAUGUGCCUCUUUGAUGUGUUUCUAUCAGGGCACACCAGCUGAAUGAGUACAGUGACAUGGAAAGUGAUAUCAAGCUAACGAUUAAACCCAUCAGUCCUUCCCCUUUCCUCACCCUGCGGUUGGCAUGCUAAUUGAUGAAUUGCAUGAAGUCACAUCAAUGCCGACUUAUCACCAGCAUUCCAUGAUUUUCUAGACAAAGCGGUGCAUACAGUAUUCAUAGGCCAGCCUCUCCUUUUGGUGGUGGUCUGGAAUUGUGCAGCUCACUCAAGAUCACACAAGAUACAUGAUGCCAUCAUCCACAGUGGCUCCUCUCCCAGGUGGCACCGUGGAGAUUUGAACUUCUGGCCCCUGACUCCAGCCAGGUCCCUGAUGUCUAAGUCUUCCGAAAACUUCCUCCAAGUAGUUUUGAAGCCCUCUGCAGCAGAUAUCCAGAGCGCACCAGCACUGCAGCGGAAUUGCUUUCCUUUCUGAACUUCAGCAGAGCCACCACAAGGCCAAAUCUGGAUGCAGCCACUUGGCUUCUAGGAAGCCACAUCAAAAUAACUACACAGCUCGUUUCCAAAUGAUUCAUGAUCCACAACAGAAAAUCCUCCUAAGGUCCUGCCACAUUUUCUCUGCCCUGGAUGAGAUGGCAAGGGUUUUUUAAAUAAAAUUUUCACAUUGGGGGGCAGGUUUCUUUGCAAAAAGGGGCAGGCAUGUUUCGGUACCAAAACCUUGCAUUUUGCAAAAAAUACGAGACUUUGCACAAAAUGCGCAUCCUCCAUAGGCAUAUAAUGAGCAUGGUGAGCCAAGGACAAGAGUGGGCCUUAAACUCACUGCUUUGCUUUUCAUGGUCAAGGAUUGAAAGGAAGGGAAAGAAAAUCCAAUUGUAUAGCCACAUCCCCACUGAUUAUUUGAGCUUCAUUUGGCCCCAUUAUCUGGCUAGGCAUUCAACAUUUGGUGAGUUCUUUCAUCUUCAACUUAAUAAAAUACAUUAUUACGAAUGGAGAGAAGAGAAAUGAUUUCUAGGAUGUACCUCACCCAUCAGCCUCAACAGUUCUGCAAAAAUGUCAUUUUCCAAUUCCUUCAAUUGAUUUGUAGCAAACGAGCAAGUUAAUUUAAGCGUUCUUCUUUUGAACCUCUCCAUUUCUUUCUUCCACAAUAUGGCAAACCACUCUUCAAAACCUGACACAUUUCAUUUGUAACACCAUUGCAUAAAAAGUUCUGCCUGUCAUUUUUCAUCAGUGGAGAGAACAAUGGCAUUUCGGUAAUUUUACUUUUAGAAGAGAUUGUGAGUUAAGUGCAUAUUGUUUCAGUUUAAACACAGCUAUGUCGAUGUAAAUGAGUAACUGCUUCUGACUUUUGAUUAGGGAAGAAAACAGUCUGUCUCUGGUCUUCCCUCCCUUCCCAGGUAAAUCUGUUCCAUACAAUUUCUUUAUGCCUUUUUAAAAAAAAUCCUGACCAUUCGUACUGAUUUUCGUUCUAUGUACAGAUUUCCACAUCACAUUUUGGGGGAUUUUAUUCACACAUUCUCAUAACAUACACAUUUUUGUACGCAGUGUUCACUAAGAGAAGCAUUUUUGCAUGCAAUACUGAAACAAAGAACUGUGUUUCAAUGUUCAGAGAAAUAUGCAGUCUGGAGUAAAUAGUGCUCUAAAUGUCCAGAUCAGGCUGGGCCACCCAAAGAGAAAGACCAAACAAAAUUCUUGAACAAUGGUCCUUUUGAUACAGACCUCAAAAGAAGUGAGUUUGUCAGGAGUAGAUGGUGCAUGAAAUCCUGUUGUGGGUCAUAUAACUGCAGAAUGGUCUUUUAUAAAGCCUUUGAUUACCUCAAAUUGCUUCUUCCCCAUAAUGUCAUCUGUUAGCAGUGAUUUUCAGUUAUGAAAGACUUCCUCCUUCCGUCCUGUGGCUCCUACCGCUUCUACACAAGUAAAGGGAUUGCACGGGAGUUGAAAAAGUUAUGGGACAAAAGUAAGGAGUUUUCAAUUACCAAAAGUCCUCUCCCAGCUUAUGAUGUCAUCACCCUUCCACAAGCAUUAGUAAUGCCAACAGGAUUUCAGGCGUUAGCAUGGAGACACUCAUUUCAUCACUUGGAAAUGACUCCUUGAAAUUGAGUGUUAUUACUCCCUGAAUUCUUCUCUUGCUCAUAUUUUAAUCUGAUUACCCAGCUCAGAAAUAGAUUCAUGCCAGCUCAACAGUAAGCCCAGCAAUUUUCCAUUGGUGAUGGGUGUAGGGACUAGCUCUUCUUAUUCUGAAUGAAUUUGGGGACAAGGGAAUAGUUCUUCCUCAACCAAGGGGCUCAUAAAAAUCUAGCAGGAUUUAACCCUGAAAUCCUGAGAGAUUUCAGUGCCUGGAAUCCUAUUAUGCCUUUAUGCAGGUGUAAUUCAAAGGUUCCAGUGAGUGCUCACUGGAAGGACAGAUCGUGAAGCUGAGGGUCUAAUACUUUGACCAUCUCAUGAGAAGAGAAGACUC